UAAAGGAGCUUGCUUAUUCGCUUGCAGUCCUAGAAACGAUUCCGUGUUGGUCCUAAUCCCCGAGUCCCAAAGAAGAUUGGCCUUCCUUUUCCACAUUCAAACUCCAAUUUGCUGCAGACGGGACCGUGCUUCCCUCCGGUCUUCUUCCGUUGGUUGCCCUAGCGUCUAUGCCAUAUUUUCUUGGAGGAUACAUUUUGGAAUUGGACUCUUGCAGAAAUUGUGUUAGUCAGGCUCUAUUAGCAGGUAGUGUGCUUAGGGAGCAUAAUGGGUGACUUUUCCAUUCAGAUUAGUUCAAACCUUGUUGAUAUGCUAAUUGUUGAUACUGAAAAACCAAAACGAACACCAAGAAGGAAUAGAACCAAGGCACGACAAGAGAGUAAAAAACCCCAAAUAAAGGUUGAUCAGAAACAUACAUCUGAUGAUUCUGGAAUGCUGAAAAGAGGAAGCAGAAGUGAUGGAUGGCCACACCGAUCUCCUCCGCCGCAUCCUGCAAACGCAGAGAUAGACGCAAUCCAAUCCGUGCUGCAAGAGAGUGAAAAGGUAGUGGAGAAGUUGCAGAAGCAGGAGGAUAACUUGCGGCAGGAAGUCACUCAAAGGGCUAAAGAACUCCAUGAGAAGGAGUUCAAGCUCCCUUACCAGAACCCUAUGCCGUGCUUGGCUGAAAGCGAAGCUUGCUUUCAAUGCUACAAAGAAUAUCCUAACGACCUCUUGAAAUGUGGUCGUCUUGUAAAAAGUUUUGCCAAUUGUAACCGCCAAGCUCGGCAGCAAAUGAGAUCGGUCGAGAAAUAGGAUUGGCAUCUGAGAGUGUUACUGAUUUUGGCAACAGAAAUAACCCAAAGACAACAAGACAGUUGGGGGUUGCUUUUAGCCAAAUUUGUGCAUUCUUAAAAUUUAGGUUUGAUGAUGAAAGCAAUUUGGGUGGGUGUGUGGAUUUAUUAGGAAACAAGAUAUAAUUUCCAGUUGUUUACGU